CGCUUUGAAUUCGGGACGAGGCCUAAGAACUGCAAGUACCUAAGAAUGGCUAAGAUUAAGAAAAUUAAUUACCUUAUGGUUAGUACUUUGAUACUUGUACUUUCAUAGGUGGAAUCCCGAAUUUAAUUAGUGGAAGCAGUUUUAAUAUUAGUACGUUAGCUUGGUCUGGUUGCGCACGGGUGAAUUAAUCGCGAAGUAGAGCACCAGAAAGAGUUGAGUUCUCCGUUGUCAGUCUUGUCUUAUUUCGAUUUAUUUGUCAAGAAGUGCAAUACUCCGGCAUCUUGUUGGUUUGUCAACAAUGGCCGAUCCCGGAACCGAGGACAGUUUUGAAGGGGAGGAUGUGGCGGUAGAUACGGCUGAUGCGAUGGAAGGAGAGGACGCCAGCCAGAUAUCUUUUGACCAGAUUGAUCAGCACGACGAGGGAGGCGAGGGACCCGGGAUGGAAGGCGAACGGGACAAUGCGGAACCCGUGCUGCAGGGGCAGAAUGAUUUCGAGAACAACACGGAUGCCAUCAGUGACAUAGAAGGGGGCGACGAAUCACCCCUGGAAAUCAACGAUCAGGAGGAUGUGGAGAACGUUAACGAGGGUUCCACCAAGAAUGAUAUGCUGGAUAAAACCAAUGCCGCUGCUGGAGUGCGCGAGACCGAUAAUGAACCCUAUCUGGAGAUAAUGGCUGAGCAGGGUUUUGAUGACGUCGGUGAAAUGGAAGGCGAAGCCAGUCGCGGUGAUACAGAAUUCACUCGUCCGGAACCACGUUCUGCGUCGCCUAAAAAGCCUUCGGAAAAGGGACCGUCCAAAGCUACCACAAAAUCCACUGACAAAAAACCAGCGGCUAGUUCGAUCAAGACACAAUCGAAGACGUCCACGGAAAAUUCCGAUAAAGCGAAGAACAGUGAUAAAGAUAAAGGCAGAUUGUCGUCCUCUUCUUCAUCCAGGACAGCCAGUCAGUCCGAGAAGAAGGAUGCCAAAGCUGAAGUUACGAGCCGUUCGAAGCGCACUGAAGCCACGGGAGACAGCUUAUUGUUAGUUAGCGACAAGAAAAGACAGCGCGAAUCUAAAAGUGAUGAAGAUAAGGUUAAAAGCGCAGCGGAUGAGCAGGAUAGCCCAGACAAGCACAAGCCUGCCAAGCCCGAGGACAAGACAACAGACGUCAAAGCCGAAAGGAAUGGAGAGCAGGCGGCUGCCGCUGGCACAGCUGAAAAAUCUGGAGGUGAAGUUGAUGGAUAUUUCAUAAGCAUUCGAAACUUGUCGGACAAAACAACAGCUAAUAUGCUGAAGGAAAAAUUAGCAGAAGUUGCACCGGUUUUGAGUUGCACGAUAUAUCUUCGAAAGAAGGAUGAACGAUACGCACUGGUGCGUUUCCGCUCUGUUGAUGAAUGCAACGCCUGUGUGGAGAAAUUCAACAGUGCGGAAGUGGACGGCAACAUCGUGACCGUUGCUCUCGCUCCAAAGCGCAAAAUGCCUGUCAGUCCCACCAAGCCGGAAGCAGUGAAAGGGGGCGACGCCAGAAAGGACGCAAAGUCAGGUGACGCUAAGCGUGUCGUCCGUACUACAAGAACUGAUGGCAAACAAAGCCGAUCCGGCGCGGGUAAAGGCUCGGAGAAAUCGGAUAGUAAAACCAGCAAAACAGUAUCUAGCCGAACCCGCAGUCCAAUACGUGGUCCAGGCCGUUCGCCUAAUAGGAAAGAUUCGUCAACCAAUGCCGACGGCUCGCGUCGGCCUAUCAAGGCCCCAUCGCCAGAUAAUCGCCCCCGUCUGUCUGAGCAAGAGCGAGAGCGUCAACGCCGUGACUUCGAAGAGCGUCGUCGCAUCAUGGAAUGGAAACGGACCCAGCAAGAUCGUAUGCGUCGGGAAGAGGACCUCAUGAGAAAAAAGGCGGAGGUGGAAGCAUUGCGAUUGGAGAAGGAACGAGAACGAUUGAAGUUGGAGCGCGAAAGACUGGAAGCGGAGCGGUUGAUGCUGGAACGACAGAAACAUCGGGAACAGGAGAUGUUGUUUCGAGAGCGAAAGCGUCGAGAAGAAGAGGAACGGCGCCAACGCCUUGAAAAGGAACGCGAACGUGAGCGGGAACGGGAAAGAGAGCGUGAACGCGAACGAGAACGUUUGCGAAAGGUCAGCGAGAAGCGGCCUGUACGGGAUAGUCGCGAUGUGAGGGAGGUUAAAAAGCGACGUUCGGCUUCACCAAGUUAUCGUGACGAUCGUAGUAACGUCAAGCGUUCGGCUGUGACUCGCACGGACACUCGCUCGGGAUUCGAUCGUCGAAGCCCACAGCGCAGGGAAAAUGUGCGCGCGGGCUCACCGCAUCGACGCAACGCUUCGCCAGCACGCAAAACUGGACGCGAUAAUGAGUUCAGUAAUUAUCCAAGCAGUACCACGGUGGGGAGUAGGACGUUUGAACAUGCUCGCCGCUCUCCGGAUGUCGAUCGCAGUCGGGGCCGUGAGACGGAUCGCAGCUUUACCAACGAAUUCCGCUCCACCGCUACGCGACCUGCUGUGGAUUUCGGACGGCGCCAGCAAGAUGGCAGAGGAGACGGCCACUGGAACCAGUCGUUUUCCAGUACAGUGCCGGUCGGCAGUAGCACAUGGUCCUCUUCCAGCAUUCCGGCCGUGGCGGCAACGAGCCAUGUCUAUCCCUCGUACCAGGGCGUGGGUGUGACAAAUGGUGGCCAGGCCAGCAACCAGUUCUAUGACCGCUACGGAAGUACAUCCAACAACAGCACUACAGGAUAUCGUGCUGCACGUUAUUGAAAUAUUGCUAGUAAUUAUUGCUGCUGUUGCCGUUACGUAUUUAUAUUCAGACUUUGUGUCGGUGUCUAUGAGUUAUGGUUGGUUCUUCAAUGUUGCCGUACAUGCAUGCCGAACAUACCUGUUAAUGUUAUCAUGGGAUUUCCUGUUUUUGAAGUAUGUACCGUUUCUGCGUUGUGUGCGCUGUUAUUUGUUUUGUUGUAUGGAAAACCAUUUUUCUCUCUAUCUCUUGCGGGCUUGUGUUUCAGAUUAUUUACAAAGCAGAAGCUGGA